GUCAUAAUUUAAGAUGUAGUCAAAGAUGAUUGCCACAGAAUGUUUCAUCUGAAACUCGUGAUUUUCGUAGGAUUAAGUUGUGCUGUGUUUGGGCAAAAUGUCAGCCAACCCAGUGAAAAUCAGCGGACUGGAACGGGGUCAGAUUGUAUCCGGAGAGUCACUACACAGGUUUCCCGCUAUUUCUGGAAGCUCCAGAGCCGCCGGAUCGACUACCGGGAAAGGAACAAUCGGAUUUUUGCCGAUAUCCCGUUCCUUCACCUAACUACUGUUUAUGGCUGGACCAUGCGGGGGAAAUCGGGACGGAUCUCUCAGGAGCAUGAAGACGGACGGGGAAUUAUCACUGAAUACAUGAUCCAGUUCCUCAACAGUGACGGGAAAUGGUCGUAUAUCAAUAAUUCCAAGACUGGCAAAGAGAUUUUCACCAAUCUUGGAAACAUUGCCAUGCCAGACACCAUAACUAGCAUCUCAUUAGCCAACCCUGUGACGACGCUCGUAUUACGCGUCAUUCCUGAAUUAUGGGAUGGCAUUCCGUUCAUGCUGAUGUCUAUCCAACACUGUGGAGACAGCGUGGCGACGGAGCAGAGACCAAUUCUACCACUACAACUGGCACACAACUCAAUCAAGAAAAAUCUGGAAGAUCAGAUUAAAAACAAAGUGCAUGAAAAGAUUGGCCACCUUCAGCAGCGAGUGCAACAGCUGAAGUUGAAGAUGGCUGGUCAGCCGAAGCAUCACCAGAGAGUUCAGACCAUUCAUCAUGGAGAAGAAACUCAGAAACCACAGUCUCCUGAAAAUCAGAGAAUAAAACAUAGAAAAUAUCAGACAAACAUGAAGAAUAAGGAUAAAAAAUACUCCAAACAUAGCGGAAAACAUCCAACUACACAAAAACAGAGCGGAAAACAUCCAACUACACAAAAACAGAGCGGAAAACAUCCAACUGCACAAAAACAGAGCGGAAAACAUCCAACUACACAAAAACAGAGCGGAAAACAUCCAACUGCACAAAAACAGAGCGGAAAACAUCCAACUGCACAAAAACAGAGCGGAAAACAUCCAACUGCACAAAAACAGAGCGGAAAACAUCCAACUGCACAAAAACAGAGCGGAAAACAUCCAACUAUACAAAAACAUAACGGAAAACAUCCAACUGCACAAAAACAGAGCGGAAAACAUUCAGCUGCACAAAACCAGACAAAACACCCGGGAAAGGAUCCAGCUCUACAGACCCACACAAAGUCUACUGAUCAACCCACAAAACCUAGGCGAAACACAAAAACCCUUCAAAAGAACAGAAUGGUUGAAAUCCACGAUAGAAGUGAUAGUCUGGAGGAAUUAGAGGAGAGACAGAGCCGUGAUCAGAACAAUGAUAAACACAAGUCAGUGAAGAAGAAAACACGGAAAACGACGCCAAGUAGUAAUCAUAUGAAAAAAGGUCGAAAGCCCGCAAACAGAAAGAUUGUCAAUAAACAAAACAAGUCUCAAUCCUCACACACUAAUUCAAAGCAAACAAACAAAGAACGGACAAAGCAAACGAACAAAGAACAGACAAAGCAAACGAACAAAGAACGGACAAAACACAGAAACAAAGAGAGGACAAAACACAGAGACAAACAUCAAAAGUUUAAAGAAAAGCCGAAAAUAAAGUCAGCAAAACAAAGUCAAAAGUCUUCAGGUAAAGACAAAGGAAAAGCACCUCAUCAGGGAAAGAAGAGCACAAGCCUGGGUCAAGUGUCCAAGAAAAUUGACAAAACUGUGAAGAAGUUAACCCAACUGAAGAAACAAGUUCAUGAAAUUGACAAACAGUCUCCGAAGAAAUCGGACAAAGUCAAUAAGCCUUACACACCAGAGGUCACCGGGAACAAAAGCCUCAAGACGGAGAGCGAAAGCUUAUCGUCCUCCAAAACAAAGCCCGAUUCAUCCUUGGUGGCGAUGAAGGAAUUAGAAAAAGAGAACACUGAUCUCUCGAAAUCUGUGUACGGAUCCUGUCGGUCUAAGCCGGUGUGGAGGUAUGGAAACUCUGUGUUCCGGCCGGACGAUGCAUUCUCCGCGCUGGAUGAUAGUAGACAAGCCUGGCGAGCCAUGUACGGACUGGGCAUACAACCAUAUCGAUUCCGGAUUCCGAAGAGCUCCCAGAAUUCCAGGAACCAGAAAUACUAUCUGGAAAUCAACUUUCGGAAAAUAACUAACGUGUUCGGGCUGAGGGUGGCCGGAAGCAGUUCUCAGCUACAGUGGGGCGCUGUGACGAAGUUCUCUUUCUAUCACAAGAGGAGGGAUUCUAAUCCAUGGCAGAGUUAUGUAGAUCGCCUCAACCAACCUCGGGUGUUUGAUGUUGGUACACGCGAGAAAAGUAACGCCCAUGCUCUUUCUGUGUUCAAGUUGGACGUACCAGUGACGGCCAAGGCAAUCCGAAUAUUCCCAGAAAGGUGGGUAUCGGAACCCCUCAUGGUUGUAGAUCUCCUCACUUGUGAAACCAGUUACAGACACUGAUAGGAUGGUGAUACAUAGACACAGAAACAGUGGGGAUUAAUGGUGUAUAGGCAAACACAGAGAGGACCAAACAGACAUCUCUUUCUCAACAGCUUAUUUAUAUUUUGCUUCUGUUCAGACUCUGGCCGUUCACAUCUACGAUCAAAAAAUUCUUUUGCUCUAAUAAACUAGAAUGUAAUUUUUUUUUCUGACCUCUAGGUGAAAGCAAAACAACAGUUUCAGGCAAUAUAUAUAUUAUGAAAUAAAGCUAUUUUUAUGAAGGCUUUAUUCGUAAAGAGUAUAUUUCUCGUACAUGAGUAGUCAUUCUUGAUAUAUUUAUACUUCUUUUGUUUUUAAAGUUUUUUUAAACUGUCUUUACAAAUAUCAAUGAUAGCCAUUUCCUCAAAAAUGCAUGACAGUUAUGAUCAAUGAGCGCAUGAAUCUUGAUAAAUAUACAAUGUAGUAUGCCUAUUUUAACGAUUAGGAAUUCUGUCAGAAAUGAAAGUAAAAUGUAAUUAUAAAAGAAUAAA